GGCGCCAAUUUGCAGAUGAAUAAAGACGCUGCUCGACGUCUUACAUGGCACGGUCAGGACGCAAGUUCUACCGCGUCACCAGCGAGGUGCGCAUUGCUAGCGCGCCGAAACCAGGACUAUGGAUACCACAUGCCAAGAAGCUUCCAAACGAAGUCGUGGAGGUCGUGGACGAAGGUCACCGCACGUUGUCGUUGCCAUUGUCGCCGUCGGGAACACAUUGGCCGCCUGGAACGAACGAAGAAAGCUAUGCCGGCGAUGUAACCUACCUGAAACUCGCCUAUGCAGAAGGCUGGGUGCCUCUGGAGCGAAUGCCGAAUGGUGUCUACAACAUGGAGCUCUUACCCGAGACCGAUUGGACCGAAGAACUACCUCCACCGAACGCAUACAUUUUGUUUCGUGCGUUGGUUCCGCUUCAGCUCAGGAGCGGUCCAGAUGGGUUUGCACCCAAGCUGGUGCCCGUGGAGACCAAGGAGCCCAACGACAUCGUGCAAGUGUCCCGCAUCGUGACCUUUCCUCAGAGUUCGAUCUCUUUCGUGGAAGUGCACCCCAUGGGAUGGCUCAGCAUCCAGCUACCAAGUGGUCGCAGGCUCCUCGAACGAACUACUUCGUUCACACCCACAUCGCCACUACCAACGCGGCGGCACUGCAUGGAAGAGCCGUCCAGCACGGUCGCAGUCAUCGCAGGCAAAUCCGGCGUAUUAGAGUGCGGCCACUUCUUCUACUGCGUUCAAAUCGCCGUGGGUAUUCGAGAGUUCCCAGACAUCAUGAGUCCUCGCGUGGGCAAAGGCUUCCACGUCAACACGAUCGUCGAAGGUUCGAAGCGCUUCACGCCUCAAAGUUCGCCAAUCACAUAUGUAAAACUCCUCCACGAACGCGGUUGGGUGUUUGAAUCGACGAUGGAUGGCCAAUUGGUGCUGGCACCCCUGCAGAGCCAGGUUCAACGAGACAUCUCACGGGCAUUCUACCGAGUGUUGCAGCCUUUCAUCCAUGUGUACAGUGGUCCGACCUUUGAAAGCCCAGUCAUAGCAUCGCGGUCCACCUCGAUCGAAUGCCGCGAACGUUUACAAAUCGAAGUGCCCCAUGUUCAAGGCGCCACGACUACCAACAAGUGGGUCUUUCUCAAACUACGCCAUGCGCCAGGAUGGGUCGCGGAGACGUCUCGAGAUGGCGCGACCAAGCUCGUGGAGGCCAUCGAAGGAGAAGCAACGACGAUCGAAACACCAAAAUUUUACAAGGUGAAACUUGCGGUCCCGGUGCUCGCCGCGCCCGACUUGGACGGCCCGCGGUUGCAGGGCAGUUUUCCCAAACAGGUCCAUUCAAUCGUCGAAAGCAGCUUACGGUACAUCACGCCCGAGUCCACCAUGACGUACGUCAAGCUUGCGCAUGAGCCUGGCUGGAUCUACGAGACAACGCUGUCUGGCGAGUGCGUCCUUGAGACUCUGACGAAAGAGCCCGAGAAGCAGCACGGCAAGUUCUUCUAUCGCGCUCGAGCCAAGGUCCGUGUGUUGGUGUCGCCCGAACCAAGCAGCGCCGUCCUCAAAUACUUGGACGAAAAUCAAGUGUUCAAUGGCGCCCUCCAGUUCAGCUUGCCCGAGUCGGAUGUGGUGUAUGCAUCCGUCAAGGACAAGGGAUGGGUGGCCCUCGACGGUCCAUCGGCUAGCAAGGUCACCGUUGAGAGGAUAUCAGAAUUCAUGUACCAGCUUUGCAAGAAUCCUCCGAGCUGGGUCGCCGUGGGGUAUCCGAAUCGGUCGUGGUACAAAGUGCCCGACGAGGGGAAUCGAGACAUUUUGGCGAACGAGACGACGCUGCAGAACGAGAUCUUUGCCGAUCGCAACACGCUGAGCAGUUCGUCCCAAGGUCUCGAGUCGAUUCCGCUCGUGCGGCACGGUUUCCUAACCACUGCUGCGACGUCGAUCAAUGUGCCGGUCGUGCUAGAAGAGAUCAAGCAUCCCGCGAAUGCGAUUCUCCUCACGUUUCCAUGGAAACAAAUGUGGUGGCACGUGGCGUUCCCGGACAAGACGAUUGUCGUCGAGCUACAGCACGGGCUGCACGGCGGCUUCCGUGCCGUCUUGUGCAACGGCACUGUGAUGGCGCAGUCGCGGCUACUUUGGGACUCGGGCGACUCGUACGAGUUCACGACGCUCGGCCAUACCUUCAACGCGACGAUUGCGCUCGAAGGCGCGUUCUUUUCGUCCGCGACGCAGUACUACACAUACUCGCUCGUCGUCGACGGUGCUCCGAUUCGACAGAGCACGUACAAUGAUAACUAACGCAGAAGCUGGACUAUGAACCUGGG